GUUCAAACAGUGAGGAUGCAUCGACUAGGCGGUGUCGGCCUUGCUGCCUUCGACCGUCAGCAGCAGUCCCAGCGGUCCUUCGCCGCGCUCUCCACCACCCUCUCCCAAUCCCAGCUCGACAACCUCCACACCCAGCUCGCCCAGUUCCGCGCCGCGCUCACCCACUUCGCCACGCACCGCCGCGCGGACAUCCAGCGCGACCCCCGCUUCCGCCAUGCGUUCCAGCAGAUGUGCGCGACGAUCGGCGUCGACCCCCUCGCGGGCCCGCGGCGCGGCGGCUGGUGGGAGGAGGCACUUGGGCUCGGCGACUGGCAGAGCGAGCUCGGUGUGCAGAUCGUCGACGUGUGCGUCAGCACGCGCGAGCGCAACGGCGGCAUCAUCGAGAUGGGUGAGCUCGUCCGCCUCGUAAGUAGGCUGCGCGGCGUCGACGGCGGCGCGGUCUCUGAGGAGGACGUCGUGCGCAGCAUCAAGUCGUUGCAGCCGCUCGGCGCGGGAUACGAGGUGAUCGACUUCGGGGACGGGAGGAAGAUGGUGCGGAGUGUAGUCAAGGAGCUCGAUGAGGCUCAGAUGGUCGUCCUCGCGCUCGCGCAGGAGCACGGUGGGCGGGUAGAUGAGGAUCUCUUGGUCUUGACGCAGGGAUGGACACCGGAGCGUGCCAAGGCGACGUUGAGAAACAUGCUUCUUCGAGAUGGGACUUGUUGGGUGGAUGAUCAGGAUGGUCCAGAUGGAAUGGGGCGUUCAUACUGGGUUCCGUCCGCGAUGCAUUGGGAUGAAUGACACAAUUUGCAGUAAGCCGCAGGUCAGUUUGAUUCCUUGUUCAUGAAGAGGCUGAUCAGUAUGUUAUAUUCAGUUCAUUGUAGCAGACAUGUAUUAUUGUAUCAUUAGCCUCCACGCAUGCUAUACAUCAAUCAUGGGCGAUUUCUCUCUAUAUAGCCCAAUUUGCCUAUUCAGCAGAGACUAGCAGACUAGAAACUCUGAUCAAAUCUCUGAAGGUCUGACGAGCUGCGUGGGCUUCGUCAUCGAGACGGUGAAUGGCUACACACAAAAUGCUUCACGUCUCCAAUAGCUGCAAGGGUCGGUUCUUCGCCUUGUUAUUUUUAUGAUCUUGUGAACUGUAUAACAGUAUUCAUGACCGACAUGAUUCCUCUACAAAGGCUACAUACUCUCAAGUGAAGUGGGAGGGAGGAGGCGUGAGCGCCCCCGCCGCGCCACUAGGGUCACCAGGGUGAAGUCUGGAGAGAGGGUGCAUCGUGGGCGACACCUCAGAGGAGGCACGGCAUUCGAUGACGCAGUCGGAGGGUCCGAGGAUUUCAGAUGAUCUUAUAAUUAGUUGUGGCGAUUCAAGCUUCAGGUGAUAAAACGGGGACUUGGGAAGCUAGAGUGAAAUUAUUCUAGUCGUAAAGGGACCAAUGAUCACCCUUCAAAGCACACAGAGAAUCAGGAAGAGCUGUUCAUUUCAUAAGUGUGAAGACGAGAACAAAGUAGACGAGUAACUUACCUGUGCUGCUGUCGUUGCUUAGCCUAUCAAACUCUAUACAUGCGAGUUUCAUGGCCCACAGUUGCCAUGCUUCGGUGU